AUGUCUCUCGUUCAAGUCACGCCAGCAACCGCCCGACACAAUUUCCUCACUCUGCCUCGGGAGAUUCGCGACCAGAUCUGCCUCGCCGUACUUCAGUCACCAUCUGAGCCACCAGCAUCACCCGAGGACGCCGGUCCACGUUUCGCAGGAUUCGGCUCCGAGUCGGAGCGACAGAAAAAUGUCUUCUACCCCGUCAACAUCUACCCAAGAUACGCAUGCCAAAGCCUGCAAGCAUGUAACCAUCAAAUGUACACCGAAGUCCGUGAGGUCUUAGCCCGCCAUGAUACGUCCGAGCGAGGAUUGGACUUCACGCUCGACCUAAUGAUCCAAGCUUGUGACAUCUGGCCCACCUGGACCCUUCUUCCCGGUCCCAUCAGUCACAUACGCAAUCUGGAGGUAGAGAUGAGGAUCUUCGAUGACUGUCAUGGCAGCCAGUUCGGAGGCGAUGGCGGCCCUGGUCCCAUCUUUCGACCGCUUCUGCACCUGCUCAGCGGCCUGUUUCAUCACGGUCCUCAGUUCAUCUACAAGGGCGCCCUCGAGCGUCAGCUCCAUGUGGAUACGAUGGUAUUCACAAUUUGCCGUGGCGAAGUGCCGAAAGAACGGUUUUACGAGCAAGGAACGGGAGUCGGGAGCCCAUCUUGUGUCUUGUCGGUGAGACAUAGAAUCGCUCAGUCAGUGUGGCUGAAGCUACGCAUGAUCGCCAGCCGUGGAACAUUGUUGGGGAAGGUUUCUAAACUCAAGUUGAAGACGAUUGAAGAUACGAGAGAGUUUCAGGUGCCUGAGAGGAAGCUGGCGCAGGAAACUGUGGAUUAUUGGGACGGGUAUGGGUAUCAUUGGGGGAUCCAACUUCCAUCUGAUGGCGGAGGAUUGGGUCGAGAAGAAGACCCGUAG